AUGUGUCGACAUUGGUAUCGAGCUGCUUUGGCUGUCUUCUGCCUGGUCUACUCUGUGGAAUGGUUGGAAUGCGGUGCAGUGUCGUUCCGCUCUGCGGCGGUUGAUGGUUUCGCCUCUCACAGAGGCAUAUCUAGCUCAAUACCAAGGGGUUACUUGGUCCCACCAUCGCAUAUACCAGCACGUUGGGAAAAUGGCUACACUUUCACGAAUACACACAAGACAGGCGGUUGGGAUGCAACUUCAUUUUCUCGACGAAACCGCGCCCAUUUCUCUCGUGGCGCCUCGUCUGACGACUCCAGUGUCCAGGCAAUGGGCAUUCCAGAUUCCCCCUUGAAGCCCAAGCCUCUACCCAUUGACUCAGGCGUACCACUGGAGAAUCAACCUUUGCCGCCAUGGGCGCUUGAGUUUGUGACGGGCAACGAUGUUCCCAAGGAGCCGUACACCCCUAGGCAUUACAGCGAAGCCGAGAUCGCGUCUCAUUUCGAAAAGGUCAACGAGGAAACGCGUAGCCGUUCAGUGGUCCGUCACGUGAAGGAGUCGAAGGACGCUCCAUUGAAGAGUUACGGCUUCAAGUUCAAGCAGAUUCAGCCUGUCCGACACCACAACGGCAGGGCAUUCACGUUCUUCUACGCGCAUUCCUUGCAUACUGACGUGAUUCCCGUGCUCAUGAACAGCUUGAGGCGUGUGGCAAAGCGUCACCUGGGUGCUGGGCGCAUCACGGCUUUGCGGAUCCCCGGCAUGAAAAACGAGUUCUAUUCGGUUGUGGGUUUACGUGAGGAUUUCUUCGACCUUUCUCGUAACCUAACCAAUGUGAUAUUCCGCAACGUGCCGUUGACUGCCACCUUCGAUAAGCCGCUCAUAGGCCGCCUGCGUUUGAAGGGACCCAUCAUUGCCGUUGCAGGGCACCUCGAAUUCGACGAAGAUGCGCAGACCGAAGGUCGGGGCACAAGCUCCGGCUCGGCUGAGGACCGUAAGAUAGAGGUGGUGAACAAGAACCAAUAUCUUUGUUCGUUGUCGAAGGAUGCUUAUCUCGAUAUGGAGGUGAAGAUCGAGUACAUCGCCAACCACGUCAUACCUGAGCGUGGCCCGGAGUCGCUAAAUCGUGACAUCACCUCUGACGGUUUCAUCCAUUUCUGCUCGAGUUGCAUGCCAGUGGAGAUCUUUGCGUUUGACGGCGACCGUCGUGGCAUGAACGAAGACAGCACUAGCGAGAUUGUGACCCUCGAGAUGCACACCGACGGGUCCACAACACCGCGCCUUGCGCUUCUUAACAGCGCCAGCUUCCUGGAGCGCUGGUUCGAACGCACUCUAGAGGCCUUCCACAACGACUGCCAACGCGACCUAGAUGCGCUGCAAGAGGUCAAGGAUUCGAUGCACAUCGAUGAGCUCAUGCACGAUGAGCUAUGUCGCAACGUGCCAUGGAAUCCGUACCGCCUGCCGGAGGAUAGGAUGUCAGCCAAAGCCCGCUGGUUCUACCGAAAGGAUGUGCGCCGCCAGUACCCCAUCGACCCUGAGUCGAAGCUGGCCAAGGAGGAGCAGCGCAAGGAGUGGGCAGAGAUAGUGGAGAACCAGAUGAAGUACAAUGAGGAGAUCAAGCCGAAGUUGGUUGAUGACUCGGAGACGAAGGAUGACCGCUAUUUGACGCAUGAGGAAAUUGAGGAGCUGGCCGAAUUAAAGGCGCCGUCUUGGGUCUUCAAGGAUCCCUUGGGCAGUGGUUACCUGGGCCAGGGCGCUGUUCUGGAGUUUGACAAGAACGGGAACCCUCUGCAGUUCCCUAUAGAGUAA